AUGGUGAAGGGAAGUAAAUUGCUACUGAAAGGCGUCGGAAUCGGAAUAAGCAACAGUCUUGCUGAAAUACUAGUGUGUCCACUUUCCAAACAACCCCUUAGGCUGUGUGAGAAAACGAAUGCCCUAAUUAGCGAUUCCAUUGGGGUUUCGUAUCCGAUUGUUAAUGGGAUUCCUCGACUUGUGCCAAUGGAUGGAAAGAUAAUUGAUUCCUAUGAAAGAUCCAAUUCCGAAGAACCGGUGGAUUCACCCAAUUCAAAAACUGAAAGAGCCCGUAAAGAGAAUAGAACUCUUGCGUCAUUAGCUGCUUAUAUGCAUUUCCUGCCUAAGUUGAUAAGACUAGAAAUUCAUGGUCUCUUCAUUAGUUUUGGAACUUCAAUCUGA